AUGCACACCCAGCACCACGAAGCUGCACCCCAGGCCGGGGCGCUGUGCUUCACCACCAGUGCCCCCUUUCCCUCUGAGGACUUGGGCCGGCCGCUGAAGGAAGGGGCUGCUCUGCGAUACCGCUUCCCCUUGUGUAACGAGACACAAUGCGCCGCACUCCACAAGCGUGCGCUGGCGAUGGGUGUGCAGCAGCAACUCCAACAUCUCGCUGAGACCUACCACGAUACGCCCGACUUCGCUCUACUUCGAGCGAGCCCCGGGGGAUGGUGGCUCCGCUAUCGCGAGAUCGAAGGGAGAGAGGAGGAGGGAGGUUGGGUCCUGCGCAUGUGCCAGAAGGCGACACCCGAAGGCCACAUCUCGUACGUCGAUGAGGAGGACGAGGCGAGGAUUCUUGGGGGUAUGGCUGAAAUAGUGCCAGAAGCGGCCACCGCGAAGACGCUCUUCGACAUGGAGAGUCUCCACAUCUUCUCCAGGUUGCUGACAACAAGGGCGCACUACUCGCGCGAUGACCUGAACCUCAUGAUUGACUGCACCCAGCUGGCGAUGAACAAGUUCGUCCUCCAAGGCGCUGUAAGGGCGAAGACCCAGGAGGCUCUGGGCACCAUCAGCCAAGGCCUGGUCGCGGCCGGCGUCACGACCAGCCAAGGAGUUGCGAGGAGCAAGGUUGUGGAGUACGUGCGCCACAACAAUAGGCAGCUGUACGAGAAGCUUCAAGCAUGGGAAGUCGUGAGCGACGACGGCUUCUGCGAGUGGCACAUUCUCACGUCUCCCGCUCUGGUCAUGUCUCCCAAUAACUACGCUUGA